CCUGUUCUCAAAUCAAUGCCCGUUGGAAUAUAUACCCAUGUACCCAAUGCCAGGAACAGGAAGGCACUACGGUUGGCCAAAGCGUUCCGACGAUCGGAUGAUGAUCAUCACCACUGGCCAAAUAGAGUCGAUGCACGAGCGACAGCAACAUACAGCGCGAGACCAUUCAGCAUCCACCACCAAGCCUACCUUCAUCCUCACCUCCACCCAACAUGUCCUCCCGCGGCCGCAGCACCUCCCCCAAGCGCUCCGCCUUCCCGCCCCGGCACGGUCACAACCAUGCCCAUGGUCACCAUGCCUCUACCGGCGGCGACGACCCCUUCUUCGACACCCGUCAAAUCGAAGCCUUUAGCCGCACCGUCCAUGCCACCGCCAGCCAGCUCAUCUCCGCCAACUUCAACGCCUCCGACAACCCAAGCGGACCGGAUGCAUACCGCACCGCUAUGUCCUCCGUCCACAGCACCCUCCGGCGGCCGAUGGUACAGCGCUCCGUCUUUUCAUUAGCUAAAGCGAACCCUGCUCAGCUGCUCCGAAGCAACUUCAACACCAGCGAGAUCGAGCAUAGAGCAUUAGCUUUCAUACCUGAGGAGUUGAUUCGGAAUGCGCCGGAGAGUCGGGCGCCAUUCAGCUUGUUCGAGGGGUUCAAAGCGAGCUUGCCAGACGAAGGCGCUGCGGAGGAUGGGAGAGGAGGGAAGAGGAAGAGGCAUGGGAGGCCGGGGAGUAAGGGACAGAAGUUGCUGGAGGGGUCGGAGGAAGGAGGCAGCGGUGGGCCGCCGCAGCUGGUGAAGUUACGGCGGGACAAGGAUCGAUUGGAUCACAGAUUGGAGAUGAUGGGAAUACGGAAGACGAUGUGCGCGAGCGAAAUUGCGGAAAUCGAUGGCAAAAUUGCAAAUCUAAAUACCAUGCGGAAGGUGAUGUUGGAGCGUCUCGCAGGGUUGGAGCAGGAGGAGCAUGGGCUUGAGCAGGAAGUUGGCGACUUAGCGGAAAAGCUGGACGAACUGCAGGAGCAACUGGAAGAUGAGGCGGCCUUAGCGAAGCAGAGUCCGAAUCUAGCUGCACAAGGACAACAAGCACGGCAGGAGGUCGAGAAGAAGUUGGAGGAUGAAGAGGAGGACGAAGCAAGCUUCAUGUCUGAGUCGAUCUAUGAGAAGCUGCCCAAGCCGAAGGAAUCACCGAAGAGUCGACGAAGAGCAAAUCGUAUGCCGAAGCGAACGCUUUCAAUGCCGAUACUGCACGAAAACAUGGAGCCUGGAUCGCGAAUACGAGAAAUACAAGCGCAUAACGACAUCAUCACAGCCAUGGACUUCGAUGCGCCCUUUGGAACCUUGGUAACAGCGGCAUUGGACGACACUGUACGAGUAUGGGAUCUCAAUGCGGGACGAUGCAUGGGCAUGCUAGACGGUCAUUUGAGCAGCGUACGAUGUCUGCAAGUGGAAGAGAACCUUGUGGCGACCGGCAGCAUGGACGCGAGUAUACGGUUGUGGGACCUAAGUCAGGCGGACUACAACCCGCUUCAACCACCUUCCAACCAUGUUGACCGCAAACCAAUUGAUCCCGAGGACGCAGGAACCGAGCCUGGUCAAGCCAACGGCGAGGCGCUCUUCACGCCCACCACAUCCGAACCACAGCCACCACCACAAGUAGAAGACGAACAACCACAUCGUGACGCUAUGGCUGACUGCCACAUCCUCACCCUCUCCGCCCACCUCGCCGAAAUCACCGCUCUGCACUUCCACGGCAACACGCUCGUUUCCGGAUCCGCCGAUAAAACCCUCCGCCAAUGGGACCUGGAAAAGGGCCGCUGCGUGCAGACGCUUGACGUGCUUUGGGCCGCUGCUCAAGCCUCUACGCUCACGCCAGCUCAACCUGCCACUGCGGGGAACGAGGGUGGUAGCGGGAAUUGGUGGCGAAGCAACCGACUGCGACCGAAUGGCGCGGAAGGCGGCCAGGCCGAGGCGGAUUUUGUGGGCGCGGUGCAGGUCUUUGAUGCGGCGUUGGCGUGUGGGACGGCGGAUGGCAUGGUGCGGUUGUGGGAUUUGAGGAGUGGGAUGGUGCAUCGGAGUUUGGUCGGGCAUACGGGACCGGUGACGGCGUUGCAGUUUGAUGAUGUGUUUCUGGUUACCGGGUCGCGGGAUAGGUCUAUACGGAUAUGGGAUCUUCGGACAGGCCAUAUCCACGAUGCUUUCGCCUACGAUCAACCCAUCACGAGCAUGCAGUUCGACGUCCGACGUAUCGUUGCGGCGGCAGGGGAGGAUGUGGUGAAGGUGUAUGAUAAGGCGGAUGGGCGACAGUGGGACUGUGGCGCCGGUGUUACGUCUGAGGCGGAGAACCGGCCAAGCGUGGUGGAGAGGGUGAGGAUCAAGGAUGGGUAUUUGGUGGAGGGGAGGAGGGAUGGGGUUGUGGGAGUGUGGUCGUGUUGAGCGAAUUUAGGCAGAUAUGGAGCAUUUGUGCAUAGCGGUGGACUCGGCUCUGAUGUUCGUAUUACGUGGCUGUAAGAGAUGCGCCCAGUGGAUGAGAUUUUACAAAUGUGUGUAGGAAGUUGUACACAGUCGAUGUUGA